UCUCAUGUGUUUUGUGGUUUAUAGGUUCCAUGAUCCAUGAUCCAUGCAUCUAGUUCCAUGCCAUGUGGAAAAUUAAUGUUUAGGGUUUAGGUCACAAUUGAAGUUUUUUUUUGACAACCUUGGUAAACUCAAUUAAAUAAAAACUAUAGAAAAUAUAAUUUUAGGACAAAAUAGUUAAACCAAAUGGAAAUAGUAAGCUCAAACUGUGCUUCCUUGAGCAAUUAUGAGGUUUUUGAACAUUUGCAGAAAGUGAAGGAUUGCAGACCCAAACAUAAAGGACAGUUAGCAACUAUAACAUAUGAAACAUUACGAUAUUUGGAGAAUACCCCAUGCAAAGAGCAAACAGCACAAAGUAUAAAAGAAUGCAUAAGAGAAUUGGCUCCUUUCAAGCUGCAUAAAACCGAAUUAUUGAUGAUUAUAAAUAACCCACCAAUAACACCAUUAGAAAUACAGUUUAUUCCUAAUUAUUGUGAAGAGAACUGCAACAAAUUCUCACAGAUGACGCACUAUGACAUUGACAGUAUUAGUAGAGCAGGUAUACCAAGUGAAGACAGACAAGAUUGUUGAAGAGAGUGAAGAGAGGCUUACAGAGGAUCAGGUACAAGAAAUUCUUGCUAUUAUAGCCAAGCAUUUUCCUCAUGUAAUUAAGACACCACCAGAUGAAGAUGAACAGUCUGAAUAAUCCAGUACAUUGUUUUAUUUUUUACAAUUCAUAUAAUAAAUUAAAUAUAUAAAGAAUCAA